UCUCUCUCUCUCUCUCUCUCUCUCUCUCUCUCCUCAAGUACAUCCCUUUGGUUUCUUUCCUGUUUGGUAAAAGUACAACCCUUUCUUGAAUCUUGUCUGUCCAAUAAAUUAUCUAGAAACUUGCCAAAAAGGGAAGGGAAAGAAGAGAGGGUGAGAAAAAGCCAUGCACUUGGAUCUAAGCCUCGAGAUAUUUUCCGGAGACGGCGAAUCUCCGGCCGGUGAAUAUCACGGCAACGGGGAAAACCCGGCGGUGAAAUCGGACAAUCUUCUCAAAGAUUCUGGAAUCUUGUCGGAGGAAGAUUCGGGGGCGUCAAGCUCGUCGGCGAUCUACUCCUCCACCACAGGAGGCUUCAUCAGCUUCGGGAUACUGCAAAAAGACAAAACUAUCCCUUCGCCGGAAUCCUCUAACUUUCCGGCGAUUUCCGCCGCCGGAGAAAAAGGGUUUGAGGAAUCGUCAGAUGGGGAAAAGUGGCUGAAAUUGUACGACGGAUCCAACGACGGAGACAGUAAACCGGAGGGGAAGAGGAGGAGCCCGCGAGGACCACGGUCCCGGAGCUCUCCUUAUAGAGGUGUAACCUUUUACCGGAGAACCGGUCGAUGGGAGUCACAUAUAUGGGAUUGCGGGAAGCAAGUCUAUUUGGGUGGCUUUGACACCGCCCAUGCAGCAGCUAGAGCAUACGAUCGUGCGGCUAUAAUGUUCCGUGGACCUGAUGCUGAUAUCAACUUUGGAGCUAGUGAUUAUGUUGAAGAAAUGAAACAGAUGAAGAAGUUGACAAAGGAGGAGAUUGUUCUGGUGAUUCGGAGGCAAAGCAACGAAGAUAGAAACCUCUACAGAUUCAGAAAGCAGUGGGAGGCUAAACCGGUUCAAUGGGUUGCUCGUGACAAGGUUUGUGAAAUAUCGGAAAUCGGAUACAGUAAUGGCAUUCGGACGGAUAGAUAUGGAAUAAGGACAUCGUUUGGUUCAUCGAGCGGCGAAGAGCAAAACCUCGAGCUCAGCCUCGGGAUUUCUCCUGAUCAUGCAAAUAAUAUCGAUAAACCCGAGCGAGAUCUUUCCCAAAACUAUACGGGGACGAACUAUCAGAUGAUGAUGAUGUUCAAUAAUAGGAAUCACGAACGUGACAAAACACCAAGCGUGAGGCUAUAACACGUACACGAUCCCUGCUCUAUCUCUUGGGCGCUUUGCUUAAUUUGUUGGAGCUUUAUAAUGUUUCUUGAAAUGUAUCACAUUACGAAAUAAUUAGACAGUCACACCAUGAU